AUGGCAAGUAAUGAAUCAAAAGAACUCCAAGCUACAUUUGCCAAACUCAAAUAUCUUCAACAGCGGCUCAACGAAAUCAAACCAAUCGACAACCCUGGCCAUCAUCAUCAUUUGAUUGAAAGAUUUGGAAUAUCAAGACUGCUGCAACUACUGGACCAGUCAAGGGUUCAUAAACCUCAAAACAUAAAUAAUAAUGAAACCCUAGAUCUCUUUCGUUCGAUUUCACGGAGACGCAGAAGAACAACCGACAAUCUUGGAACCGCUGCUUCAAGCGUAUCGGCAAUUGACAUUAGCGAUAGGACGGUAGAACAUCAAUAUGAUUUUCCCAUCACAGAAGGACUAAAUGACCAAGAAUACUCAAAAAAAGCAACCAUAGAAACCGUUACUGCUACUGAUGCUAAAAAUAUUGGUAGUAGUCCUGUCACAUGUACGAAAACCGCGACAUACUUGCCAUAUGAUAAAGAGUUCAUGCUAAGCUUGAUUUCCACAUAUUCCUCCCCUUUGAACUGGAACCUUGGGUCUGACAUCCUGAACUCAUCAAAAUUGAACCCUCUAACCUGUUCAUUAAAUGGAUGGAAAUGUCAGGUCAAUAACUUGCUUUGUUGUGUAUCCUGCCAUGCUACGGUUUUAAUCCGGUUCCCCAAAGAUGAAACCACCACCGAGCAGGAAUUCCUCGACGACAUAACUGGUAAAUACCUCGACUGUAUACAUUCAAAACAUCUCGAUAAUUGCCCUUGGAGAUUGAACCCAUCGAAAAGAUCGUUGAGCUAUGACAUCAGCUCGGUAAAUGAUAGUUAUGAAUUGAAGAAGUUUGCAAAGAGAGUGGUUGGUUUAGCCUCGAUGAUGGAGUCCUGUAAAGGAUUAAAGACAAUAUUAUAUCAAUUGGUAGCUGGAAGUAAUGAUAAAUUCGGCACCAAUAUUAAUGCGGUCAAACAAUGGUGUCGUUUGAAGAAUAUUGCUGAAACCAAUGGGGAGUUGGACAGUGUUAUCAAGUUGGCGUUGACUGGAUGGUAUGUGAAGUUUAAUUCUCGCCAAAAUGUGAUCCUACAAUGUGAUUGUUGUGGGUCAGAGAGUAUCAUUCCAAAAGAUGGGUCAGCGCAAAAUGAUUAUCUAUUCGACUUUAUUGAUGAUCACAACUUCCAUUGGUGCUGCUAUGUUCAAAAGGAAAGUGGUCGAUAUUCGUUUGAGACGUUGUUAGACUUUGUGCAGGUGGACAUCAAUGAUCAGAAGACUACUUUUCAGGAUGUUGGAAAAUCGUUGAAACAGUUGAUCUCGCUGGUUGGAUCUGUAUAA